UUGGCUUUGCAACAAGUAGGUUCUAAGGCAAGCAGACUGCACAGAAAGGAGACGAGAAAGCGUCAACAUUCGGGAUAAAGUAUUUACGUGGGACCAGGUCAGCCAGCGUCCGGAUCCAAUGCAAGAUCAGGACAAAGAUCAAUCAGUUUCCGUGGCAAGGAACGCUCAGGGGACCUCUGAUUCAAUUCAGGGCCACAACUGUGCUGACCCUCGGUCAGUCCCAGGACAAAGUGAGAACUAGCCUUGGAGAGACCCUAGAUCCAAACUAAGAUAUUGAGCUGGACAUAGAGCUACAAGCAGAAUAGUGGACAGAGAAGGUAUACAAAAGAUGCAGGCUCAUUCUCUGGAGUAUGAAUACUGACAACUUCAAUUUAAACUUGUGGAGCAGCUUUAAAUCUUGCUGGAUGGCUCUUUCUCUGCAGAUCGCUACAGUGAUAUAUAUACCUCUAACAUCGCCAUCAUCAAUUUUUUCUUAUUUCUGAAGAUGUGAAUCUUACUGAACAGUGGUUCCACAAGCCCCAGCUUCUCACUGGGUUCCAACAACAUGACUACUCUAUGGGGUGUGGAUUGUAAGUGUCAGUUAGCUAAAAGACUGUAAUGGGGAUGUGCAGCUGUAUCUAGUCUUCUCCAAAUCUGCUGAUUGUACUUGCAUUUUGCAGCAACAGUCUUUGGACAUGGAUCAGGGAAUUGUUAUGCCGGUCCGAUCACCUUUGUUUUGUACAGGGAGUUCUAUGAUUCUACUGAGAGAUAUAAAAGAAAAGAAUAUAACCUUUGUUCUGGAUACAUCUGUGAGUAUGCAAUCCAUUCUGGAUGCAGCGAAGUACCACCUGAUUCAGAUCUUGUUCGCACGGGCCUACACAAUGACUGAAUGCAAAUUCAACAUCAUCGCAUUUUCUGGCAAGGUUAAAAAGUACUGUGACAAUUUGAUUGGUUGUACACCUCAAACUGUAGAGAAAACUAUCCCAUGGAUCAAAUCUCUGGAAUGCAAAACUGGUAGAAACAUGCAGCAUGCAUUAGCUGUUGCCUUGGAUGAUCCCACCAGUGAUGCUGUUUACCUAAUGACUGAUGGAAAACUUGACAUCAACCCUCGUAAAAUCUACACUGUGUUGACGUUUGCAGCAAAAGGACGACCAGUACACACACUUUAUACGAUGGAAAAUUGUAGCAGGAUUGAGGCUCACGAGUUCUUGGAAAAGAUAGCAUGGCUGACGGGUGCUUCAUUUCAAGCAGCAGGGGUCCACAGAACUGGAUCAGUAGAACAACUCAUCCCAGUCUAUGAAGUUGACUCCUUUGACCCCUUGGGACUAUAUUGCUCAAAGUACUGUAGUAUCUUUCCAGCACUGAAUAGAGACUGCUAUGAUCCAUCUGGACUGCAACACAUAGUUGUGCCUUUCAGCUGGUGUACAUUACAUCCCAAAAGCAUUAAGGUUAAAUCAAAAGGAGAUUUAAUUGAUUCCUAUGCUGGAGAGCUGAUAAGGGGAGUUCGUGUUCUGGCUCGAAGAGGGAACGAUGGAUAUUACUAUCUGGGAAGACUUGGCAAAGAAGUAGAGAGAUGCCCAGGUCGAUUUUUGGUAGAAUUUGAUAAAAAUAAGAAGAUAAAACAAAAGGCCCAAAGUCGCCUGAAGGAAACAGCACAUUUUGAUAUAAUGCACUAUGAAGAUGCAAAAAGGCAUGCUAUUGGACCUGGAUGCACAGUUUUGGCACCAUGGGAGGCUGACAUGGAACGGUAUGGCCCAGGGACAGUUCUAGAUGGCAGAGAGGAACGAGGAUCAAAUUUAGAUCAUGAUGGCAGUGAAGGGUUGGUUGUAAGUUUCUGGAAUGGCAAAACAGAGAAGGUUCCUCCUGGAACAGCAAUAUGGAUCCCUCAGCACCUGGCUGAGCAAAUCGUUUUGGAACUCCAGAUGACCAGCACGGCUAAACAAAAGCUUCUGGAAACUUACCCUGAUUAUCCAUUGAUUGUGCCACCAGGAUACCGAAGUUCUCAGAGUAGUGGUGACGAAUUCAAGCUUGAGUACCACGCCGGGGUCCCUUGUGUAUGCCAAGGCCUACAUUCAAAUUGCAGUCAUGGGUUGUGCAGGAUCCCUGAUAAUCUACUAAGUCACUUGAACCCACAGGCAAGGUUUCUUGCUGGGAGUGGUGAUGGAGAUGCAAAGAUCUCUGGGACAAUGGAGACUAGAGAAGAACUGAGUCAGGAGGGAACAAAAAAGCUCUCUCAGUCUUUUCGGUCAAAUUCAUCAAUGAAGAAAAAGACACAUAAGUCUGCAGAAUUUAUGAGGGGAAACAUGACUGUGCUUCAGAGGGAUAUUGAAAAACUAGGUAACUUGAAAACCUUACAAUAUCAAUCUGCUGGCCUGGUUGAUUUGAAAAGGAAUAAGCAUACAAACGCAGGUAGUACUUCAAACACAAGUCUGGUAAAUGGCUUUCAUUACACAAAGGAGGUGAAACAGGAGAAUACUUGGAAAAGAAUUCCUUCAGCUUCUCUUCAGAAGAAAACUGGGACUUCUCAGUCAACAUCUGUGAUAACCAAUCAUUUUCCCAAUGUUUGUACCUCUGGGUCACUGAAGCAAAGACUUGCGGAUGAUCAGUCACGGAAGCUUAGCAACACUGCCAGAGGAACACGUGAACCAAUCAAAAUCUGAAAAUAUUGAUUCUGGUCAGCAGCAAUUGCUCAUGUGUAAACUUGCUGGACAAAUCAUGAAGCAAAGGGAAAAUCAACAGAAGCAAGAUGCGUGGAAAGAGCAUGAAUACAACAAGAACACUUUCUUAUGAAUUAAGCAGGUUAAAGAUGAAGAUUGCAUCCCUAUCUUAAAUCAAUAUGCUGCAUGUUUCUGAUACCUUCGCAUCAUCUAUAUUGUUACAAUGACUGAGUUUACAUUACAAAUAAGCGUAGGAAUAUUGAGGACUGAUGAUCAUCUGGCUGCUCACAGUGUUUGUUAAGAAUCACAUCCCAGCUAUUGAAUACUUCUCCAGGAUUUUGAACUAAUAGGCUAGAUUUUUGUCUUUAGUAUAUUAACAGGGGGAUGGGAAGUGUUUUCCUACAUUAUUGAACAUGCAGAAUGGGCUCCAAGAAGGAUUCUCCCCAUACAACUUAGCCUGCCGUCACAGGCAGCUAAAAAUACAAGUAGCAAAGUGAGCUGAGUAUUUAUUUAGACUGAAAAGAGCUUGUCAGCUUCCACCAGAAAGCUAUGUCAUUUUAACCUAUAGUAAACAGUAGAGACCAUUCUUAUUGCUAUUCUUAAGCAUUGAAAUGGUCACUACUUGAUCAUUGGACAAAUGAUGAAUCUAAAACUCAGCCUGGAGAAAGCAAAGAAUGCAGAAACCCAUCACAGAUUUAUUACAGACCUUCAAAAAUCACUAAAAGUUAUAGAAAAGUAAUUAAUGAGAAACUCCUUGUGACAGAAGGGUGAUUAAUCAGUGGGGACAGAUUUAAAACUACUGGGUAAAGAAACAUUGACAUAAAAAUAGAAAAAUAUUUGCAGGACUAAGGACAGUGGAGUGGAGCUAACUGGAUAGGCCUUUCAAAGAGCCAGUGUGAGCACAGAUGAAAUCAGAAACAAUACAAAGACAAAUUAUUGGGAUGUUACAUUUUAUUAGUUUAUGGUGGAGAGU